AUAGAUGGAAGUGCGACAUCGACGUCCUCGUAAGGAACCUCCAGUGUUCAGUACAGCUCAUAAUCUCAUUGCAAAUCUUGAUGCUUUCCCGAAAAUUGAUUCAGAUUUUCAGACUAAGUCGAGAUCUGGGGGUGGUUUGGCUCUUUUGACGUUCCUUUUCAUCGCAAUAAUGGUGGUCAUAGAGUUGAACUAUUUUUUGAGCACACAUAUAGAUUAUCAGUAUGAAGUAAAUUUCGAGACUGCGCCAAAAGUAGAGCUUAACAUUGAUAUAACAGUAGCCACGCCCUGUCAAAUGAUCGAUGCUGACGUAUAUGAUCAUAUCAGUCAAACUUCAUUUGCCGGUGAUGCAUUUCCAUCUGAACCGGCACAAUUUGAGAUGGACGAAACACAAGCUAAAUAUUACGAUUUCUUGAGGCGAAGCCGAGCACGGAUGUUAAACAGCUCAGUUUCUCUGGAAGAAAUCAUGUUUGCACAAGUUGAAAGAGGGAAAGACUUCUCAAGCUCAAUCACAAUGUCGGAUUUAUCAGAAAAAAAGGAAGAGGGAGAGGAUUUUAAGGCGUGUCGCUUUAAUGGGUCAAUUUUAGUCAAUAGACAUGCUGGAACUCUUCAUAUAAUAUCUGGGAAGCAAAUUAAUCUGGGAAUUGGAGGGAGUUUCCACGCUCAUAUUCAAAUGCCAGGUGCUGGCAAGUACAAUUUCUCACACCGAAUCGACCAUUUGUCCUUCGGAGCGGUGAAAGUGCCUAUGAUUGGAGCAUUGGACAGCGAGUUGAAAAUAACCGAGCAUGAGAAUCAAGAGUAUCAGUAUAGGAUGACAGUUGUUCCUGUGGGCAUUGAGACUUUUAAGAAUAAGAUAACGACUUAUAGGUUCAGUGUUACCGAGAAAGAGAAAAUCAUCGACCAUUCUCACGGAACACACGGCCAAUCAGGGAUAUUCUUCAAGUACGAUUUCGCAUCUCUUAAAAUCAUAGCCAAGGAAAAACGGAAACCUUUAGUGCAAUUUCUAGUCAGAAUAGUUGGAAUAAUUGGCGGUGCUUUCUCAUUGUCAAGUUUCUUUUUUUUCGCUUAUGAUUUUAUUACUUGUAAAGGUCGAGUGGAGGAAAGUUGAUUUCUGUUUCGAAUAAAAGGACUAUUCUGUUAGUU